CAUUAAGAAGAGCGUGGCGGGCCGCGAUCACUGCAGGCCCCCGGGAAAGCAGACCGGCCUCUGACCCAGCGGGACCACCGAUUUUCGGCGGAGGGAGCAGCGCCGGGGUGCACGCUUGGCAGCAUGGCCCAGGCGCCAGCUUUCGACAAGCCCAAAGUAUUCACUAGUCCGGAAGGUCUGUGGCCAGUCCUUUUUGUUAGAGUUGGAUCUUGUUUGGUAGAACUGCACGUCCAUCUGGAUGGAGCCAUCAAGCCUGAAACCAUCUUAUAUUAUGUCAGGAAGCGGGGCAUUGCCUUCCCAGCCAACACACCAGAGGAGCUGCAGGACAUCAUCGGCAUGGACAAGCCGCUCAGCCUCCCGGGCUUCCUGGCCAAGUUCGACUACUACAUGCCCGCCAUCGCGGGCUGCCGGGAGGCCAUCAAAAGGACUGCCUACGAGUUUGUGGAGACGAAGGCCAAGGAGGGCGUGGUGUACGUGGAGGUGCGCUACAGCCCGCACCUGCUGGCCAACUCCAAAGUGGAGCCGAUUCCCUGGAACCAGGCUGAAGGGGACCUCACCCCGGAUGAGGUGGUGUAUCUAGUGGACCAGGGCCUGCAAGAGGGAGAGCGAGACUUCGGGGUGAAGGUGCGGUCCAUCCUGUGCUGCAUGCGCCACCAGCCCAGCUGGUCCCCCGAGGUGGUGGAGCUGUGUAAGAAGUACCGGCAGCGGACCGUGGUGGCCAUUGACCUGGCUGGAGAUGAGACCAUCCAAGGCAGCAGUCUCUUCCCUGAACACGUGGAGGCCUAUGCGGAGGCCGUGAAGAGUGGCGUCCACCGCACGGUCCACGCCGGGGAAGUGGGCUCGGCCGAGGUGGUGAGAGAGGUGAGUGGCCGGGCAGGCGGUGGGGCCCUUCUCCCCGCUCGCCCCGCGGCCCGCGCUGGGCUCCAUGCUGCUUGUCAACAGGCCGUGGAUGUGCUCAAGACGGAGAGGCUGGGGCAUGGCUACCACACCCUGGAGGACCCAGCCCUCUACAACAGGCUGCGGCAGGAAAACAUGCACUUUGAGGUCUGCCCCUGGUCCAGCUACCUCACCGGCGCCUGGAAGCUAGGCACAGAGCAUGCAGUCGUUCGGUUCAAAAACGACCGGGCUAAUUACUCCCUCAACACGGACGACCCACUCAUCUUCAAGUCCACCCUGGACACUGAUUACCAGAUGACCAAACAGGACAUGGGCUUCACUGAAGAGGAGUUUAAGAGACUGAACAUCAAUGCGGCAAAGUCCAGUUUCCUCCCAGAAGAUGAGAAGAGGGAGCUUCUUGAUCUGCUCUAUAAAGCCUACGGGAUGCCACCUUUGGCCUCUGCAGAGCAGCGUCCCUGAAGACAUCGUGGCCACCUCUCAGAGUCCUCAGCCUGUGGAUGGAGUCUUCACAACUCCCUUUACUCCUUCCAGGGAGACUAUGAUUUCCAGAGUCAGCUACUGAUGCUCGUGAAGCCCACAUGCCUGUUUCUGUACACACAUAUACCUCCGCCUGGCCGUGUCUCUCCUCUGAUUGUGUGCCCGGGCCAGGAUCAGGGCCUGUGGCUGGUUGAAUCUGAAUCCCUCCCUCCUCUGGUGACCCGUGCUGAAAAUCUGGUGCUUAAUAAAGAAACCAACAGCU